AUGGCUAUCAAGACCGAGAGACUUCUAGCGGCGAUUCUCGCCGCGAACCCCAAGCUCAGGCUGGAUUAUCGCCAAAUCGCUGUGAUGUAUGGUGAAGGCUCGACUUUCAACAGUAUCGAGUACAAGAUGCGCCCGAUGCGCAAAUUGUCCGCACGGCUCAUUGCUGAAGAAGCAAAUGGCGACUCCAACGUUGCUAUGAGCCCUUCGCCUGAUGGCCCGCGUAUUCGUGCUCACAAGGUCACCAAGGCGAAGCCCAAGGCGAAGAUUACCGCCACGCAGAAGGCCAAGGGCACUAAGGCUGGCGAAGCGACUCUGACUGAAAGUUUGAUCGACGUUGACGGUGCUGCGGAAAGCGAUGCGGACGCUCUUAUCGUCAUUGGAGAGCCUGUCAAAAUUGACAGCGACACUGAAAAUGACACAAUGAUCAAAGUCAAGGAGGAAAAGGCCUUCGCCGGUGAACAGUACACUGGAGAGGUCGAUGACAAGACCAACUGGUUCGGAAUAUCCGAGCAGGGUUCCGGUUUCCAGUUUGAUAAAGAAAUCUUCAAGCAUGAGAAGUUCGGUGGGGAUAAAGUAGGCACCGAAGACAUGAAAUCAGAGUAUGCUCCUGCAUGGCCGGACAAGGCCUGGUUUAAGGAGGAGGAUGAAGCGUGA